AUGUGGUUAGUCGGGGCCGUUCUCACGGACAGGGAAUCAUCCGUGAAUGACAUAUCAGAUAUGACGGGGGCACGUCUAACUGGAAAUUGGGGCUUAAUCAAGGGGUCCCGCGGCCAUCCAGGAGCCGUGAAGAAGACCUACACUCGACAACAACGUUUUGAUGUAAAGUAUUACUCUGGUAGUGGGAUGAGCGUUGUCUCGAAGAAGGAUUAUGAUGCGGCGACGUCUCUGUCAGUGUCAAAUACGAUUGACGGCAUCGAGAACGUCUACUGCUCCGCGGAAGUGAUUCAUCUGUGCUAA